CUUCUGUCUUACUUCUUUCGCAAUGAAGUCACAUAUUUAAUCAAGUUAAGAGCAUUUUCAUUGCACGAUGAAAUAGCAAUCUACAUUAUUUAUUUACACACACAUUUCAUUAUUGAACUGCAUUUUUACAUGCUUUGAUGUGUGAGUUUCAUUAGCCAAAGUGUCUCUGUCUUAAAAACGAUAGUUGUUUGUGAGAAAUUGUAGUCUACGUACAUUCAUGAGCAAGUUCUUUUAUUAAUUUUGAAUUUGUUAAUGAUGUUAAAAAUUACGGGUAUAAUCGAGGAACUAAAGAAACGUAGAACAUGGAAGUUAUUGAGAGCAACAGAUUUCGAGUCGUUGAUGUAUCCUUGUUUUUUCAUCUUCUGGUUACUCGGAUAUUUUCCUUAUAAGUACGAACAUCAAGUAUACUCACUUUCGAAGAGCCGUUUCGCUUUUUCUACGUCUAUGAUGUUCAUUUUCGUAUGUUCGUUAAUGAUCACAAUCUAUGAAAUAAAUAUUGGCAUGAAAAUAAACAAAAGUAUACCAGAGUCGAUUCAUGUGAACAUGUACUUGUUCUUAGAUGGAUUCGUUAUCGUGGUGAUGUAUUUGUUAACUGAUGCUCGAUUAUUAGUGAUUCAAGAUCUGUCAAGAACUAGUUGCAUACUGUCUACAAAGGAUUUCAAAGAUUUGUCUAAAGUGAUUCACACGAAGAACAUAUUAUGUUUUCUAUUUCUCGGCAUCCAUAUACCAAACUGUUUUAAACACAGUAUUUUCCUGACUUUGCUGAAUUUUAUGAGCAUGUACAUAAUGAUGGCCAAUCUUUCAAUAGACAUGCUCUACAUAAAUUGCACAUGCAUUUUGAAAGAUUGCUUUAAGAAAAUGGAUGAAUCUAUACGACAGCUGAAGAAGCUUCCAAUGAAUAAUGAUAUAUGGAUGCAGACGUUUGUGCAUCAUAGACAGCUAAGUCCAUUGUUGGUGGUGGAACUGAAGAAUUUGGAGGAGAAACACUUGGAAAUCAGCGAUGGAUUGGAAUUGCUGAACAAUAUGUUUAUGAUACGUGUCAUAAUCGCAGCUAUUACGACCUUCAGCGUGGUCACUUUCGAUAUAUAUUUCUAUAUAAUUUAUUCAUACAGCGGAUUUCCUGCAAACAGCAAGUUCUGGUACAAACCGUAUAUCACGCCAGCCGCUUUCUAUUUUAUCAAGUUUUGGAUGAUGAUUUGGGCAUGUGAAACAGCGACGAAUCGAGCGAGAAAAAUGAAGACGACACUUUGGGAUGUUUUCAGUGCUACUAACGAUCCAUUCGUGAAACGCGAGGUGGAGCUUUUUUCUCUGCAAAUAAUGCACACGACAAACAUAUUCACAGCAAAGACAUUCGAUAUGAAUUCGUCAUUUUUGGCAAAGAUCGUCGGAGGUAUCAUAAUGUACAUCUUGAUCCUGUUUCAAUUUUUAUUAAACUACGUUGUGUGCAGUCUUCAUAUGUAAUGAAAGUUAGAUCUUUGAAGUGACGUGAUUCUGUAGGCGCAUGUGUUCUUUAUUGAUUCUUUGGCUGUCUUCUGUGAGACCAUACGCUGUUUCCAUGCGCGGACACCUGUAAUGAUUCUGCAUUCGCUUGGUUAUUUAUAAAUGGUAAAGCGUGUGUAUAAGUGUGAUCACUAAAUGACAGGAUUUAAGCGAGCUCAGUAAUUAUAAUAUCGCGAAAUAAUCUUGCAACGCUUUCUUUUAAUUUAUGAUAAUAGAGUAUUCUACUCUUAUUACUGAAUGGUACCGUCAUAUGGUAACAUUGAAAUUUCAAUGUCUAGAGAUUUGAUUAAAAUUUUUAUAAAAGUGAUUCGAUAGCUUAAUAUUUUAGAUACUUUCCAUGUUGGUCAGUUACCACAGUUAACAUUUAACAAAUUUUGAAAAUAUAUUUCUUCUGGUUUAGUGUAACACAAUUAUGUAAUAUAGUUACAUAUCUAAAUUUAUGUGAAAUGGAAUUAUAAUUUAGUUGCGAUAAUUAUCAAAUAAGUACAAGUAUAUUUUUAAAAUACUAUUGUAGUAUCGUGGACAAAUGGCUUAAGAAAUAUCGGGUGAAACUUCAAUGGGCCUUAUUGUGCUGUCGAUCCUUCAGUCAAAUAGUUACGCCGGAAUAUGGCCUACGUGAUCGUUACCGGGGGGUCGUUACCUGAAGAGUUGAGUUGUGAGGAGACAAGUUAUGAGUUGGGAGUCGAUUUGUGAUGAGUCGAGAGUUGAGUUGCCAAGUUGCUAUGAGUUGUAAACUAUUAGUUGUGAGUUGUGAAUUAACUAUUUAGUUGUCUUAGUUAUAGCGCAUUACUGUAUUUAGUUCACGUUAAAUAACCAUCGUUUCCUGUUUAAUCCAUUGUAAAUAGAUCUAUCGAUCAAUUAACUUAUCAUAUAGGAUAGAAAUCAUUGGAAACCCCAAUUUCUAAUAUUUCUAAAUAAAUAAAAAAUCCUAUACUA